AUGUCACCAACACAUUCACCUCCUGAGAAGGUGGGAAUUAUGAAACUUUCCACCGAACUUCGAAAUAUCAUCUGGACCGAGGCUUUAUCUAUCAAGCAAUCUCGAUACAUACAGUCAUCUGAAAAAUCAAUACUUCAAUCUCUGCGAUUAACCUGUCGCACAAUUUACAACGACAUCGAAUCAGGAUUCCCAAACGAAUAUUUGCAAAACCAAACUUUCACUUUCCAAACCCUGGAAUCCUUUCUCAAAUACGCCCCUUUAUAUACUCGCGCAGAACAAGUCCUCCUACGAUCGGUUCAUAUUCAAUUCUACGAGACUCCGGAUUCCCUCCGCUACAAAGGUUUUCCUGAGGUCUUGUACUCGAGACAAAAUUUCCUACUUGAUGAGAUUCUCCUACCAAAGUAUCAUGGUAUCAAUGAAUGGAUCUUCGAUGUCUCCAACCUCUUUAACUCUCACAAAAGUCUCUCAUACCGUCAUAUCACGUGUUUUCUCCGCUACUGUCCCGCGGAAAAUCUCGCCUUGAUCUUCAAUACUUGCGAUGGUUCGUUCAUGAACUGUGCACAGCCCCGCAAAGGAUUUCAUCUCGUGGCUACCGACGAACGCACCCUCCGGGAAUUUGAAGAAGACGCGGAGAAAUUGGCGUUAGCAUCGCAGCGCUGGAAAGAGGAGAGUGAGACUAGUGUGAAAACAAAUCUGGAUUCGACAGUGCUUAUCAUGCAUCGUCCGACUCAGCUUUCACGCGACCCGAACCCGGAUACCCCGUAUUGGAAAUACAACAAGCGGGAUGAUCCGAGAGAUCCGUGGUUGGAUAUCAAGAAACAUGCAAGGAAUAGUGUUUCGCAUGGCACGAAGUGGAAUAUGGAGACGUGGAGGAGGAAGAGGGAGAGAAAGGCGGAUGCGAAGGAUAAGAGGAGUGCAGGGUUGGUGAGGGUGGUGAGGGAAGGUGGGAAAUUCGAGGCUUUUGGAGGAGAGAAAGUUGGAUGA